AUGGUUAAUAUUCCUACUGUACCGCCAUCUAUUUAUGAAACCGGUGUUUUUGUUCAACCACUGGCACCUAUUGGUGACAGUUUGAUUGGUUCAUUUUUUGUUGGAUUAAUCCCUCUAUUACUCGUUUUUGUUCUUCUUGGUAUAUGCCGUAUACCAGCUCAUUUUGCUUCACUGGCUGGUAUUUUUAUCGCUAUUUUUGGAUGGGGAAUGCCAGCAGCACAAGCAUUUUCAUCAAUAGCAAACGGGAUUGUGUUUGCAAACUGGCCAAUUAUGUGGAUCGUAGUAAGCUCAAUGUUCUUGUACAAUAUAUCAGUGUAUUCGGGCAUAUUCGAUAUGUUCCGUCGCUGGAUGCUAGUCUACACCCCACCCGAUAAACGUGUUAUUUUGCUCAUAAUUGGAUAUUGUUUUGGAUCAGUAUUGGAAGGUGUUGCCGGGUUUGGCGUUCCUGGUGCAAUUUGUUCCCCAUUGAUGGUUUCAUUGGGCUUUGAUCCUAUGGAUGCAUUGGUUUAUACUUUGAUAUUUGACACAACUCCAGUGGCAUUUGGUGCUCUUGGUACUCCAAUCACUACCUUGGCUACCAUCACUGGUCUUCCUGCAAUGAAACUCUCUGCCAUGAUAGGCCGGCAGCUCCCACUACUUAGUGUAUUCCUUCCUUUAUAUGUUCUUGGAAUGUACGCAGGCGUCCAAGCCGGUGUUGUUGAGUGCUGGCCAAUGGCUCUGGUUUCUGGUCUUUCAUUUGCUGCUACACAGGCCAUAUUUGCUAAUCUGGUAGGACCAGAAUUACCUGACUUAAUCGCCGGUCUGGUGUCUCUGGGAUGUUUGGUUGCCUUUGUUCAAAUGUGGAAACCGGUUUAUCGAUCAGAAUACCAUGCUAUUAUGACUCAAUUACCAAAGAAACCUGACGAGAAAAUCACGGAAUUAGAAAAGACGAACCAGUGUGGAAAAUACAUACCUACACUACCUAAUACAAACCUUGAAAAAGGAUCCGAAAUAUCUGAUACCGAGGCAAUUACUCGAAAGCAAGUAAUUUUGGCUUGGACUCCCUGGACAAUUAUUGUAGUUGUUGUACUUAUCUGGACAUUUGCCCAUGUAUCCAGUGUAGGGCAAGUCAAUGUUAAAUGGCCAGCUCUCCAUCAAAAAGUGGUUUACUUGACACUUUACGGAAAAAACUAUGAUGCUGUAUGGAUAUUUCAACCACUAGGUACUGGAACAGCUAUUUUUAUUUCAGCAAUUAUUUUUGGUGGCGUCGUACUGUGGAAUGGAUCGAAUCCUAGUAUUGUCUACACCAUCGGGUUGACAUUUUCUUCUGUAGGCCCAGCUUUUCCUUUUCUCUCAGCCUGGCUUGGUUGGAUAGCAUGUUUCUUAUCAGGAAGUGAUACAUCUGCCAAUUCAUUAUUUGGAAAUUUACAGGUAGUUGCUGCCCGAGAGAUUGGACUCUCGGGAAUACUGAUGGCAGCCACAAAUUCAAGUGGUGCUAUUGCGUCAAAAAUGAUCUCUCCUCAGAAUAUGUCCACGAUAGCAUCGACAAUUAAUUUGCAAGGAAAAGAAGGACUUGCGCUUCGAAGAACAAUAUUUCAUUCAGUAUUUAUUGUCUGUAUUGUUGGUGCAAUUGCUUGCAUUCAACAGUACUGUAUACCGUCUAUGAUACCAUCUUAG